GAUUGCAUUUAGUCGCUUUCGGGCAUAAUUGCAGUUAAUUGGAGACGUUGAGCUUAGAUUUUAUUUGAUUGCUCCGACAGAAAAACUCAUAAGAUGGCCGCUUCACACAAGAAAAAAAAACAUAGUCUUGAAUUUUGCCCUUGGCAAUCAAAAUUAAGAGAUGUGAAUCAGCGAUUUGGUUACCUAUUGGAAAAAGGGAAAUUUGGCGACUGUGUCGUUAUAGCCGGCAGACAUAAAGAAAGAUUCCUCUGCCAUAAGUUGAUUUUAGCAAUAGUAUCACCAAAGUUCGAAACGAUAUUCUAUGAGGAUGGAUUAAGCGAAGUAGAAUAUGAAGAUGUCAAUGCAGAUGUAUUCAGAUAUGCUCUACAGCAUAUAUAUAUGCAAGAUGAAGUUAAGACGCCGUUUCCUUAUGCCCUUGCGGGUAAAUUAUUCUACAUGGCAAUGAAAUUUAAAAUGGAAUUUUUGCGUGUAACACUUAUUCGUAUUUUAAGUAAUGCUCCAUGGCCAGUGGAACACGUUCUAACCAUUUAUAAUUCAGUUAAAGUUUACAGUGAAAGCCUUAUGCUAUCACUCUCCAUAGAUCAUAUUCAAAAUUACAAACUCGACUUUUUAUUUCAUUCAACGGUGUACAAGCAGGAAGCGGUAGUAUUCAAAUGCGUUAUCCAGGCACUUCAACGUAGAGUGGCAGAAAUUCAUAUAUUUCAAGCGAUCGAACGUUAUUGUUUAGAAAAUAAUUUGUUCGAGGAAGAAUUGGAAAUAGAAGAAGGACCAGAAGGAAUUGCUGACCCUGACGUAAAUGUAGUCGUAAAACCUGAAGAAAUAUCACCAAGCACCAGCUUUAUAUUAAAUAUAAGCGGACCAGAACUAUGUGGCUCAAAUACGUUUCAAAAUCGUAAAGCUUUAGUUAAAGAUCUCUGUGACCUAAUCAAUUUUCGUGGAAUGACUCCAACGGAAUUUGCUGCUGGACCAGCCACAUCCAAACUUCUGACUCCUGAAGAAAGUUUCUCCAUAUUAAUAAGCCUUUGUAAAGAACACAACUGUAAGGAUAUCAAUACGAUUUUUAAUUUUAGUGGCGCAUCUAUGACCUAGUACAAUGUUAGGAGUAUAUUCAGUGCCCAUUUUUUACAUUAAACACACAUCGUAUUUGUUUAUAAUGAAAAUUUGUCACAUAUAUAUAGUUUUUUUAUGUCAUACA